GUACUUUAUUAAGGAGUAUUUAUACUCUAUUAAGGAGUAUUUAUACUUUAUUAAGGAGCAUUUAUACUUUAUUAAGGAGUAUUUAUACUUUAUUAAGGAGCAUUUAUACUUUAUUAAGGAGUAUUUAUACUUUAUUAAGGAGUAUUUAUACUUUAUUAAGGAGCAUUUAUACUUUAUUAAGGAGUAUUUAUACUUUAUUAAGGAGCAUUUAUACUUUAUUAAGGAGUAUUUAUACCUUAUUAAGGAGCAUUUGUACUUUAUUAAGGAGUAUUUGUACUUUAUUAAGGAGUAUUUAUACCUUAUUAAGGAGCAUUUAUACUUUAUGAAGGAGCAUUUAUACUUUAUUAAGGAGUAUUUAUACUUUAUUAAGGAGUAUUUGUACUUUAUUAAGGAGUAUUUGUACUUUAUUAAGGAGCAUUUAUACUUUAUUAAGGAGUAUUUGUACUUUAUUAAGGAGUAUUUGUACUUUAUUAAGGAGUAUUUGUACUUUAUUAAGGAGCAUUUAUACUUUAUUAAGGAGUAUUUAUACUUUAUUAAGGAGUAUUUGUACUUUAUUAAGGAGUAUUUGUACUUUAUUAAGGAGCAUUUAUACUUUAUUAAGGAGUAUUUGUACUUUAUUAAGGAGUAUUUAUACUUUAUUAAGGAGUAUUUGUACUUUAUUAAGGAGCAUUUAUACUUUAUUAAGGAGUAUUUGUACUUUAUUAAGGAGUAUUUAUACUUUAUUAAGGAGUAUUUGUACUUUAUUAAGGAGCAUUUAUACUUUAUUAAGGAGUAUUUAUACUUUAUUAAGGAGUAUUUGUACUUUAUUAAGGAGUAUUUAUACUUUAUUAAGGAGUAUUUGUACUUUAUUAAGGAGCAUUUAUACUUUAUUAAGGAGUAUUUAUACUUUAUUAAGGAGUAUUUGUACUUUAUUAAGGAGCAUUUAUACUUUAUUAAGGAGCAUUUGUACUUUAUUAAGGAGUAUUUGUACUGUGUUAUCCGUCCUCUUUCUGUGAGCGAGCUGUGGCGGCUGCGGUGGCGGCGCUCAGACAGGAGGUGGCGUGUGGCGGUUGAUCAUGUGACACAGGUGAGCUGCUGUGUUUACAGGAGGAGUUAUUACGCCGGCAACUGGGCCAGCUUCACCUUCAGCGGCCUGCUCACCUGGAUACAGCAGCACCAUGAGGAGCCUCUGCCAGAGGAGGCUCAGGAUUGGUCGAGCCUGUUGGAGGAAGGGGAGGAGCUGAUCCACCUGUCACACUCAGACUGCGCCUCCAUCAGGAACCUGCAAGUGUUCUGUUUCACCAGUGAGGAAGAUGAGGAGGAAGAGGCUCCAAACACCACAGAAGAAGAAACAGGAGGAGCUGCUGAAGACUCAGAAUGUGCAGAUUCCACAGAAGAAGAGACGAAAGAGACCGGAGAGGAGGAAGAGGAGGUGAGGGAGGAAGAGGAGGUGAGGGAGGAAGAGCAAACAACCCCCUCUGCUGCGCUCCGCCAAUCAGAACCAACGAAGAAGAAGAUCAGCUACGCUCAGCUGCUGAAGGAAGGACGCAGGUUCAACAUCGACCUGGUCUCCAAGCUGAUGUAUUCUCGCGGCUCAUUGGUCGAUCUGCUCAUCAAAUCAAACGUCAGUCGUUACGCAGAGUUCAAGAACGUCACCAGGAUACUGACCUACAGAGACAGACAGGUGGAACAGGUGCCCUGCAGCAGAGCCGAUGUGUUUGCGAGUCGUCAGCUGUCUGUGGUUGAAAAGAGGAAGCUGAUGCGUUUCCUCACUUCCUGUGUGGAGGAGACGGAGGAGCAGCGAGCCUACAACGGGCGGCCAUAUUUGGAGUUCCUCCGUGACCGGCAGCUUGGGGACAACCUGCAGCACUUCCUGCUUCACUCCAUCGCCAUGGUAACAGAAGACACGCCCACAGAGGAGGGCCUGGCCUCCACGCGUCACUUCCUGCGCUGUCUGGGUCGCUACGGCAACACGCCCUUUCUGUUUCCUGUCUACGGCCUCGGAGAGAUACCCCAGUGUUUCUGUAGGAUGUGUGCGGUGUUCGGGGGGAUCUACUGUCUCAGACACUCAGUGGACGGUGUGGUGGUCGACCGAGACUCCAACAGGUGUAAGGCAGUGAUUGACAGCCGAGGACAGCGAAUCACCUGCAGCCAUUUCGUGGUGGAGGAGGGCUACGUGGCGGCGGACCGGAAGAGGGUGGCCACACCCACAAGGUUUCUCUCCAGAGCUGUUCUGAUAACUGAUGGAUCUAUUCUGCCCAGUGACUCCGACCAGCAGGUCUCCAUGGUAACUGUUCCUCCAAUAGCAGCAGGAUGUCCGGCGGUGAAGAUGGUGGAGCUGUGUUCGUCUACGAUGACCUGCAUGCCUGGAACAUAUUUGGUCCACCUCACCUGUCAGUCAGUUGGCUCCGCCUACGAGGACCUGUCGCCAGUGGUUACCAGGAUGUUCCGCACCCCAGAGUCACAUGACCAAGUGGGCGACAGAACCGGGCUCAGCAGACGGACCGGGAUCGAACACAGCCUCCGAGACCGACAGGGAAUAACGUUAAAGUACCGAGAAACCUGCCCGUCUGUCCUCUGGUGUCUGUACUUCAACAUGACCGACGGUUCAGGGCUGGAGGCUGAAGGUCACAACCUCCCGUCUAACGUGUACGUCUGCUCCGGACCGGAUGGAGAUCUGGGUCACGAACUCGCCAUCAGACAGGCCGAGUCAAUCUUCCAGAAGAUUCUUCCAGAGGAGGAUUUCUGUCCUCCUGCUCCGAACCCUGAAGACAUCAUCUACGACGGAGACAACACCUCCUCCUCCGCGGGAGGAGAGGAGGAGAAAGAGGAGAACGAUGGAGUGGCAGAGGAAGAGAAACAGGAGGAGGAGAAGGAGAUGUUGGAGGAGGAGAAGGAGAUGUUGGAGGAGGAGAAGGAGAUGUUGGAGGAGGAGAAGGAGAUGUUGGAGGAGGAAAAGGAGGUGUUGGAGGAACAGAACCUUCAGACUGAAGAGUAAUAAAGUGAACAUCACAAACCUUCCAUUAAGCCAAACCCUCCUGCAGUGGAUUGUGGGUAACAGUUGCCUUCAUGUAUUAUUGUUUUAAAUCUUUAUUAUUUUUCUAUGAUUUGUAAUUUUCUUUCUGUCUUAUUUAAAUAUGAUUUCUUCUGUUCUGUGGAAACAUUAAAGCUUCAACAGCAACAAA